ACACUUGGCACAAUCCAGUCAAGCAAGUACCGUUCUCCUGGCAACCACCAAACCCAGACAUGUCCAUCGGAUUGCGGAAGCGUUAUUUGUCACUCCAGAGAACACGUCUCCACUGCUUUAGAGUCCUUUCACUUCAUGUCUGAGUUGCUGUUGUUCCCAGUUGCUUCCACUUUGUUAUAAUACCCCUAACAGUUGAGCGUGGAAUAUUUAGUAGCUAGGAAAUGUCACGGAUGGACUUAUUGCACAAGUGGCAAUGUAUCACGGGACCACACUUGAAUUUACUGAGCUCCUGAGAGCGACCCAUUCUUUUACAAAUGUUUGUAGAAGCAGUCUGCAUGCCUAG